AUGACCAUGCACAAGCUGGUGGAGUUGCCGGUGUCGUACUCCGGACAGAAGGUCACGAAGGAUUGGAUCUUACGCCAUGGCAUCGCUAAUCUGCAGGUGCCGUUUGAUAUGGGCUCCUUCCGAAAAGUCAAGGGCGAACGUGCCGAGGGUGCAAAGCAGACGACCUACUGUUUGGACGUGGUGUUCCACCCUCUCAUCAUACAGCUCUUUGUGGAUGAUGCCUUCUGCAACAGCAUGGAGUCCUUCCGACCCUUCGUCAUCAACCUCACCCUGAAGCGCAUUGAGGAGAGCUUGAACGUGAAGCUGGAGACCUCGAGUAUCAAAUUGGUGAAAGACUUCAGGUACAAGGAUGGCGAAGAUGGUGAUGCCAGAGAGUUCCGAGAACUUCCAGAUGAAAAGGAUUCCUUUGAUGAAGAGCUUCGGACUCCUCCGCCCAAAGAGGAACCGGAGGAGAUCUUGAUCGAGGAUCUGACGCCGGAUGUGAGACCAGCGCCGGCGCUCAAGAAGGGGUUUUUGAAUGGCAAGGCCAAACUCUAUGGACCUGAAGGUUCCAAGGAAGGGGUCUUGCCGGAGAACGCGGGCGACCCGCUCGGCUACAUCCCCAAAAGGUUACGAGAUCAGUGCAAGAUCGUGGACACCAGAAGUCCCGAGUACCAGGAACACCAGAAGCAAAUGGAUGCUACUAAUGAGAGCAACCGCCAGCAGCAGGAGCGAGUUUUGGUGCUGGUUUCGCUCCUGACUGAGAGGCGCAGUUGGGUCUCUCCGUUGGAACCGGAGUCACCCCUUCUUGGGGAACUCAUACUGGGCUGGAGUAAGGCCAGGAGCCCCUAG